UUGGAAAUUUUUAAAUUUAUGUAUAAAUCAAAAAAUUAUUGAAUUUAUAAAAUAUUACUCUCUCUAGUUCAUUAUAUAAGGCGUUUGACUUUUUACACGUUAUUUUAAUUGCUUUAACCGUAUAACAAAUAUUAAUAUUUUAUAAUAUUUUUUUGGAAUAAAAAUAUAAUAUAAUUAUUUUCAUUCAGAAAAAGUUAAAAAUAUUAAUUUUAAACAUGUGAUCAAACCUCUUAAAAAUACAUAGAGGGAGUACUGCCUUUUAUUUGAUAUAUUGACGGAACACUUAUCAAGAACUGAACUUGGUCUACAAAAUUAUACACAUUUUUUACCUUACAUAAAUCGCAUAAUAUUGAUGUUUUGAUGGUUAGCUAUGUACCGCCAGCGACACCAACCAACAAGAGAAUCAACACAUGCGUUAAACAUACUACUAUAAAUCUCGACAACACUGCCAUCUGUGACCAAAUUCUUCACCCAACAAUUUAUCUGUUCUAGCGGAAUCAAAGUUUUCGAGCUUGUAAAACACAUGCAAGAUAAAUUCACAACAUUUGUCAUCAACCAAAGAUUUUUAUCAAAUCUUGUAAUUAUAUAUAUGCUUGUUAGGCAUUUAUCAUAGACUAUAUCAAAUUACUAGACGUUACUGUCUUGAUCCUUAAUACUUAAAUUAAUCACUAAACAAACAAUAAGCAAAAACAAACUCCACAACUGUCAUUUGGACAGCAUCUAUUUCUGCUAGAUCCUUCUCCUGUUUAGAACGUUACCGGAUAUAAUAAUAAAUCAAUCAUUUUCGUAUUUCAGUUUAUGUGAUAUAUGACCUCCUCUUCGGUUUUAACUUUACUUGCUAAACAUUUUGUAUCCGAACCCGAUUUGGAAAUGCUUUUUCUCUGCUUUGUAUUCCCCUGCCUGCUGGGAUAUUUAAACAUCAAAUAUACACAUGCAUGAAGGUUUUACAAGUUUUUUUUUUAUCAUUCUAGCUCCCACAAUGCAAGACCAGUUCUAUUAGAAAGGCUUUUAUAAUACAUUUUGUUAGCUAAAGACAGGCAGAAAGAUGUUAUGUCAUCAGAGCUGCGACUUGUUAGUUCGAUUCCAGACAGUGACACACUGAGAGCUUAUUCUGCAAGGAGAGCCGGCUUGGCUUAUUCCGAGAUUUUUUUUAUAAGAUGGAGUCUAUACUGCAGUACUAGAAUCUGCCUAGCUCCCUGUAUGAGUUGGUGAUAUUAUUCUCCGAAGAAUUGUUUGAUUCGAGAGGGUAAAUUAAUGGGGAGUAAAGGUGGCGGUGGAGGUGGCAUUUUUAGUUAUGCAGAUGGUACAGACAAAGUGCUUAUGUUUUUUGGUACUUUAGGUAGCAUUGGAGAUGGCUUGAUGUCUCCUCUUACUAUGAUUGCUCUAGCCGGUGUGAUAGACCAGUAUUCGGAUAAAGGCCCUGCUCUGCCUAAUGAUGUUGUCGACAAGUACUCGCUACGACUGCUCUACAUUGCUAUCUUGGUUGGAGCCUCUGCGUUUGUUGAAGGACUUUGUUGGACGAGAACUGCAGAGAGGCAAGCGUCUAGAACUCGGAUGGAAUAUUUGAGAUCAGUCCUCAGGCAGGAAGUUGGAUUCUUUGAUAACAAAGAUGCUUCCUCGACAACUUUCAAUGUUGUGUCUACUAUGUCCACAGAUGCUCACUUAAUCCAAGAUGUCAUAGCAGAGAAGAUACCAAACUUUCUGGCUCAAAUCACAGCACUUAUAUCAGGCAUACUAGUGGCCUUCCUAUUAUCAUGGCGACUAGCGUUGGCUUGUUUGCCCUUUGCAAUCGGAUUUGUUAUUCCAGGUGUAGGAUUCGGGAAAUUAAUGAUGAAUUUGGCUAUGAAGGCGCGGGAGGCUUAUGGAGUAGCAGGAGGUAUUGCAGAACAGGCAAUCUCAUCUAUCCGAACUGUUUAUUCCUACGUGGGGGAACACCAAACAUUAGAUAGAUUUAGCCAUGAACUUCAGAAAAGCACAGACAUUGGUAUAAAGCAAGGGUUUGCUAAAGGAUUACUGAUAGGAAGCAUGGGAAUGGUAUUUGUUGCUUGGGCAUUUAUAGCGUGGGUCGGAAGCGUUUUAGUUACUAAGAAAGGAGAAUCUGGUGGCCAUGUUUUCGUGUCUGGCAUCUCCAUUAUUCUGGGAGGAAUGUCCUUGAUGGGGGCUCUUCCAAAUCUCUCAUUCAUUGCAGAGGCAAAAGCAGCAGCUACCAGGAUGUCCGGGAUGAUAACAAGAAAGCCUGAAAUAGACUCUGAGAAUAGCCGUGGAAAAAUUCUAGAAGAUGUGAAAGGAAAUAUUGAGUUUAAGGAGGUUUCUUUCUCAUAUCCAUCUAGACCGGAUACUAUAAUUCUUGAUGGAUUUAACCUCAAAAUUAAAUCUGGGAAGACUGUUGGUCUUGUUGGAGGUAGUGGCUCUGGAAAGUCUACGAUCAUUGCUCUGCUUGAAAGAUUCUAUGAUCCGUCCAAAGGCGACAUCUUUCUUGAUGGACAUAAAAUAAGGAAACUUCAGCUCAAAUGGUUAAGAUCCCAGAUGGGCUUCGUUAAUCAGGAGCCAGUGUUGUUUGCAACAUCGAUUAAGGAGAAUAUACUCUUUGGGAAUGAAGAAGCUUCGAUGGAACUUGUUGUUUCUGCAGCAGAGGCUGCCAAUGCGCAUGAAUUCAUUGAACAAUUACCCCAUGGUUAUGAAACUCAGGUAGGACAAUAUGGGGUUCAAUUAUCCGGGGGACAAAAGCAGAGAAUUGCGAUAGCAAGAGCAAUGCUUAAAGACCCUAAGAUUCUUCUACUUGACGAAGCUACAAGUGCUCUUGAUGCAGAAUCUGAGAAAGUUGUGCAAGAAGCCCUCGAUCAGGCUUCAGUUGGGAGGACAACUAUAAUCAUUGCUCAUCGUCUCACUACAAUCCGAAAGGCUGAUGUGAUUGUAGUUCUCCAAUCAGGGAAAGUGAUUGAAUCAGGCUCUCAUGACAAAUUGAUGCAAUCAAAUGGCGGUGAAGGUGGCGCCUACUUUAAUAUGGUGCAGAUGCAGCAAUCAGCAACACAAAAUAUGACCUCUACUAGUUCGAACCAUGGAAUAUACGGACGAACAUCCAACACUCCAUCUCCAAGGACGCCUAUUAGUGUGAGAUCAAGCUGGCAUAAUAGCCCUGUUUCCCCUUUCAGCCAAGAAAUAAGCAUGAGUAUGGCUCAUUCUGUCCAAGCAUAUACUUACCAUGAUAGUGAUAGUGAGGAUGAGACACUCGAGUUUUCUUCAGAGCCUAAUCCAUCACUAUGGCAUUUACUGCAAAUGAAUGCCCCUGAGUGGAAGAAAGCCUUGCUUGGAUGUCUAGGGUCUGUUGGUUUUGGGGUGAUUCAGCCAGUCCAUGCUUAUUGUUUGGGAUCAGUAGUGUCUGUAUUCUUCAUCACCGAUAACGAUUCUAAGGUACAAUCAGAGACCAGAUUCUAUGCUAUUGUUUUCACAAGUUUGGGAGUUCUUAGCUUCUUCGCCAAUCUACUCCAACACUACAAUUUCGCCAUCAUGGGAGAACGCUUAACCAAGAGGGUGCGAGAGAAAAUGCUUAAAAACGUGCUAACCUUUGAGAUUGGAUGGUUUGAUCACGACGAGAACACAAGUGCAGCUGUAUGUGCUAGGCUUGCCACUGAAGCAAACAUGGUUAGAGCCCUAGUUGGAGAUCGCAUUUCAUUGCUGCUUCAGGUCAUUACAAGCGCUUUUCUGGCCUUUUUAUUUGCCUUGAUACUUGCGUGGAGAAUAGCUAUUGUGAUGAUAGCUGUUCAGCCUCUGGUCAUUGCAUGCUUUUACUCAAAGAGUGUUUUAAUGAAGAGUUUGUCUGGAAAGGCACAAAAAGCACAAAAUGAAGGAAACCAACUUGCAAGUGAAGCAGUUGUGAAUCAUAGAACCAUCACUGCAUUUUCUUCUCAAGAAAGAAUUUUAGGACUUUUCGAAACUACACUGAAAGGCCCCCAAAAGGAGAGCAUUAGACAGUCAUGGCUUUCGGGUUUAGGCCUAUGUACCUCACAGUUUAUAACAACUGCUAGCAUGGCUUUGACAUUUUGGUACGGAGGAAGGCUUAUAAAUCAAAAACUAAUAAACUCAGACCAUCUGUUUCAAGUUUUCUUCAUCUUAAUGAGCACCGGUAAGAACAUAGCAGAUGCAGGAAGCAUGAGUUCAGAUCUGGCACGAGGUAAGAAUGCCAUUAGAACAGUUUUUGCAAUCCUAGAAAGGAAAAGUGAGAUCGAACCUCAAGACUCUGAAGGGAUCAAAGUUACAAACACACUUAAUGGCUGCAUAGAAUUAAAGAAUGUGUUCUUUGCAUAUCCAUCAAGGCCUGAACAACUAAUUUUUCAAGGCUUAAGUCUCACAAUAGAAGCUGGUAAAACACUGGCACUCGUCGGACAAAGUGGUUCAGGCAAAUCGACUGUCAUCAGCUUGGUUGAAAGAUUCUAUGACCCUUUGAAGGGAUCAGUACUAAUUGACGACCAAGACAUCAAGAGCUACAACCUGCAAAGUUUAAGGUCACAUAUUGCAUUGGUGAGCCAAGAACCUACUCUCUUUGCAGGAACAAUUCGUGAAAACAUUGUCUAUGGAAAAGAAAUGACUACAGAAUCAGAGAUCACCAAGGCUGCUAAGCUUGCCAAUGCUCAUGAAUUUAUAAGUUCAAUGAAAGACGGAUAUGAGACGUACUGUGGACAAAGAGGAGUUCAGCUCUCUGGAGGGCAGAAACAAAGAAUAGCACUUGCGCGAGCAAUACUAAAAAACCCUGCCAUCCUUCUCUUAGACGAAGCAACUAGUGCCCUUGACAGUUUAUCCGAAAAUCUAGUACAAGAAGCCCUGGAAAAAAUGAUGGUUGGCCGCACUUGUGUAGUAGUUGCACAUCGACUGUCAACAAUACAGAAGUCAGACACCAUAGCUGUUGUGAAAGAUGGGAAAGUAGUUGAGCAAGGAUCACAUACUCAACUACUAGCUGAGGGAGAACAGGGCUCCUAUUUUUCGUUAAUAAAGCUCCAGAGAGGCCAAUCUCCUAUUCGAUGAAUCUGCAUUUUGCAGAAACCUGAUUUUUAUACAUGUUGGACUAUGAAUCUGAAUUUUUCUUGUAGAAUAUCUGAAUUGCAUGCUUAAAUUGUAGUAUGUUAAUACAGUUUAGAAGAAGAAGCAUUUCUUGCACACAGCUAUUCGAUUCCUUAAUGACAGGAAAAUAGUAUUUUAAAAAU